GCGGUGCAUCGCGAGGGUUGGGGUUCUGGGACUUGGGUGACGGCUCGAGAUCAGACUCGGGGUUGGGGUGGGCGUCGGAAGGGAGCUGGGCGGCGGGAUGAUGGAGGAGGAGGAACUGGAGUUCGUGGAGGAGCUGGAAGCCGUGUUGCAGCUCACUCCCGACGUGCAGCUAGCCAUCGAGCAGGUAUUUCCAAGUCAGGAUCCUCUAGAUCUAGCUGAUUUCAAUGCUGUGGAAUAUAUCAAUACCCUGUUCCCAACGGAGCAAUCUUUGGCAAACAUAGAUGAAGUCGUGAACAAAAUUAGACUGAAAAUAAGGAGACUGGAUGACAAUAUUCGAACUGUUGUAAGAGGUCAAACAAACGUGGGGCAGGAUGGCAGGCAGGCACUUGAAGAGGCCCAGAAAGCUAUUCAGCAACUCUUUGGUAAAAUCAAAGAUAUCAAAGACAAAGCAGAAAAAUCGGAGCAAAUGGUUAAAGAAAUUACCCGCGAUAUUAAGCAGCUCGAUCACGCCAAACGCCACUUGACCACCUCAAUCACAACGCUGAACCACCUGCACAUGUUGGCAGGUGGCGUCGAUUCCCUCGAAGCCAUGACCAGGCGAAGGCAGUAUGGAGAAGUUGCUAAUCUUCUUCAAGGUGUAAUGAAUGUUCUGGAACACUUCCACAAGUAUAUGGGAAUUCCACAGAUCCGGCAGCUUUCUGAAAGAGUGAAGGCUGCCCAGACUGAGUUAGGACAGCAAAUCCUGGCCGAUUUUGAAGAAGCAUUUCCUUCCCAGGGCACCAAGAGGCCAGGAGGACCCAGCAAUGUCCUACGAGAUGCAUGUCUGGUUGCUAAUAUUUUGGACCCAAGAAUCAAACAGGAAAUCAUCAAAAAGUUUAUUAAACAGCAUCUGUCAGAGUAUCUAGUACUUUUUCAAGAAAACCAAGAUGUUGCCUGGCUGGACAAAAUCGACAGACGCUAUGCCUGGAUAAAACGCCAGCUUGUGGACUAUGAGGAGAAAUAUGGCCGUAUGUUUCCACGUGAGUGGUACAUGACCGAGAGAAUUGCUGUAGAAUUUUGCCACGUCACAAGGACAGAACUUGCCAAGAUUAUGCGUACCAGAGCUAAGGAAAUUGAAGUGAAGUUGCUUCUUUUUGCUAUUCAGAGAACAACAAACUUUGAGGGGUUUCUUGCAAAACGCUUCUCCGGCUGCACCCUGACAGAUGGGACUCUGAAAAAACUCGAGUCUCCUCCCCCAUCCACCAAUCCCUUCCUGGAAGAUGAGCCAGCACCAGAGAUGGAGGAACUGGCGGCGGAGAAAGGAGAUUUAGAUCAGCCAAAGAAGCCUAAAGUCCCAGACAAUCCAUUUCAUGGCAUUGUUUCCAAGUGUUUUGAGCCUCAUCUCUAUGUGUAUAUUGAGUCCCAGGACAAAAACCUUGGAGAGCUGAUAGAUCGGUUUGUGGCCGACUUCAAAGCUCAGGGGCCACCGAAGCCCAACACUGAUGAAGGGGGUGCCGUGCUCCCCAGCUGUGCUGACCUCUUUGUCUACUACAAGAAGUGUAUGGUGCAGUGCUCUCAGCUCAGCACAGGGGAGCCAAUGAUCGCCCUGACCACCAUUUUUCAGAAGUACCUUCGAGAAUAUGCCUGGAAAAUCCUCUCUGGCAACCUGCCCAAAACCACAAGCAGCGGUGGAGGGCUGACCAUCAGCAGCCUCCUCAAGGAAAAGGAGGGCUCAGAAGUAGCCAAGUUCACUCUAGAGGAGCUCUGCCUCAUCUGCAGCAUCCUGAGCACAGCAGAGUACUGUCUGGCCACCACCCAGCAGCUAGAAGAAAAACUCAAAGAAAAAGUUGACGUAAGUCUGAUCGAACGGAUCAAUCUGACUGGAGAAAUGGACACGUUCAGCACUGUCAUCUCGAGCAGCAUUCAGUUGUUGGUUCAGGACCUGGAUGCUGCCUGCGAUCCUGCCCUGACGGCCAUGAGCAAGAUGCAGUGGCAGAAUGUGGAGCACGUUGGUGACCAGAGCCCCUACGUCACAUCUGUCAUUCUUCACAUUAAGCAGAACGUCCCCAUCAUCCGUGACAACCUGGCUUCCACACGGAAAUACUUCACUCAGUUCUGCAUUAAAUUUGCAAACUCCUUCAUUCCCAAGUUCAUCACCCACCUCUUUAAGUGCAAGCCGAUUAGCAUGGUCGGAGCGGAGCAGCUGCUGCUGGACACCCACUCCCUGAAGAUGGUCCUGCUCGAUCUGCCUUCCAUCGGCUCGCAGGUGGUGAGGAAAGCACCUGCCAGUUACACUAAGAUUGUUGUGAAAGGCAUGACCCGGGCCGAGAUGAUCCUCAAGGUGGUGAUGGCCCCCCAUGAACCGCUGGUGGUGUUCGUUGACAACUACAUCAAACUCCUUACAGACUGCAACACAGAAACCUUCCAGAAGAUCCUGGACAUGAAGGGGCUGAAGAGGAGCGAGCAGAGCAACAUGCUGGAACUCUUCCGCCAGAGGCUCCCCACUCCGCCCUCAGGGCCAGAAGGCUCCAGCUCACUGUCUCUGCUGGCUCCCACACCAGAACAGGAGUCAUCUCGCAUCCGCAAACUAGAGAAACUAAUUAAAAAGAGACUGUAGGAGCACACGCACAGGGCACUGUUGUUCCUGUCCAGUGACCCCCAGCACUCAGCUCCCUGGAAGCCCCCCGACCUCUCCUGCGCUCCCCCUGCCUCUCCGAUAGUUGAUCUUGAAACUUCCUGGGACAUUUGGGUUGUUAUUGUGUCUCUCCCAUGCCCUGUCUUAAUUCCUGUCCUGAUCGGAGAAGCUGAGUAAGGGUAGGUUAUAAAAAGGCUGUUUAGAUGGUGUCUGAUUCCUGCAGCAGCGGCGGCAGUGGACGCAAGGUCCCUGUGCUCCACUUGCUGUUCCUCGGACCGCUUUCGACUGGUCCAGUAGUCGCUGAGUAGUGAGUAUAGCCUCACCUCCGCAGCCACACCCUCUGGCGUGUGGCCCUCUUGCCUACCAUGCGCCCAUCCGGGCAACUUGGGUGAGAAAGCCUGGAUCUGCCCCUCCUCCAUCUGCUGCUGGUUGAGGUUCCUCUGCAGCCAGACCCUGGGAGUUGUCCUCCCCACUCUCUGGGUUUGGCUCUAGGGCCCGAUUUAAUGAAGUGGCAGAUUACAGAUGUAGGAAACUAGGCUUUCUUUAUGAAGGCACUGGAAGCAGGAGCAUUCUUCCAUGUAAAUCUCAGUUUCCUGGUACAUAACGUGCUUCUGGUACUUUUCCUGACUUGGCCAACUUACCCGUGUCCUCCUUUCUCAGUCAUGUCCGGUUCCCUCUGUGUAUACGUCUAAGGAGCGAUCCACUCUGUGUCCCUCAUCCAGGAGGGUUGUAUGUGCCAGCCUCCGAAGCAGGUGUCGUUUCUGCCGGGGACUCCUGGCCUGGGCGUGGGGGCAGACCCAUACCUGACUUGGAGGGAGGGUUCUGCUUGGCACAGCUGGUGCACGAUUUAGCAGAUUCUUUUCUCCGUCUCUUUAUUCGCACUCUGCUCCUGACUUCUGGGGAAGGAUCGACUCUGUAAAGGGAAAUGAGGAAGUUUUCCUAGAAAAAGUUUCCUAGGCUCUCACCUCAGAUAAAGCCGUAGGACAGCCCAGGAGGCCUGCACCCUCAGGCCCCUUCCCACCCAUUCAUUUUCAAAUCCAGUGUCCUUUCUAGAAGCAUCUGAGAGAACAAAGGUAACGUGCAAUACCAGAGCGACAUGUUCCUUUAUUACUAACGAGAAAGAAUCCAGGUCCACGGAUACCUAAGAAACAAAUUACUGACCUUAAGCACUGCCUCAGAACCUGGCACAGCCUAGAAUGCACCUUGGCCUGCCCGGCCUGCCCACUGCGGGCUCUUGGCUUUGCAGAAGAAGUUCCCUCAGAACAGCUUCAGUUCUCGCGCAUCUUCCUGCAUCACAGGAACAGGCAGCCUGUCGGGUAGUUGCCCUGAUUCACCUGGUUCACUGGAACCGAGCCUCAGUUUACCGUGACCGUGGCCUCAGGGUAACCGCUGUUAGUGUCAGCCUUUGUUCAGGAAUUAUGAACAGUUCAUUGGCCAGGCGGGGAGAAGGCUAAGGGGGAACGUGGAGCCCUUUACAGAGAAUGUAUGUAACAGGCCUCAGAUGAAAUCGGGAUAUCAAAUAGCACUCAAAAAUGCACGUUCAGGAUAGAGGAAGUUUCCUGAAAAUCCAUAAAGCUGUGACAGCCAUAGAAUAGGAAACAUUAAGGUUUGAAAAUCCGACCAGAAAUGUUGAUUAUUUCUCCCCUUCUUGUUUUCUUAUAACCACCCUGCACUGUUGCCCUUCCCUCUCUGUCAGCCUCCAGCCUAUUCUUGCUAAUCAGCAUGACUCUUAUCUGUUAAGCAUCUCAAGCUCAAGAACACUGAGAAGAAAGUAAGUGGUGGAAGACAGAAGUGCGGCCUUUAGCAGAGCUCUAUUCGGAAAAGAUUGCUAGAUAGAAAAGUGCAGGAAGCGUAGGGAGGGGACUAGGAGAGCCCCUGACAGCUCGGUAGAGAGAUUUCACUGCCCGGGCAGCCGCCGUGUUGCUCCAGUGGAGUUACACAGCCCGCCGUAAUUGAGGUUAACAUUCUCUUCCCAUUCUUGAAAGAAGGGGCAGUGGGCCCAUCUCCAAACAGCACAGUGACUUCAGCCCUCUGUCAUCAACCUGGGGAGCUGAGAGAGGCAGUGGACUCCCACACCUGGUUCUUGUCACUCUUGGUGUUUACAGAUCCACAUUUCUCUUUUGGUUCGUUGGUGAGGAGUCGUUUUCUGGACGUCUCCAUAAUGGCAUUGAGAUGUCAAGCCGCUGUUUUCCCCAGUUGGUGGUCACAGCCAGGGAAGUUGUGUUCUUGAUUUAUUACAGUGUCAGUAAUCUCCAAGGAGCCAACAGAUGUCAGUAGGAGUUAUGUUAAACGUCUCGUUGAUGGGGUCUGAAUGCUGUGUAUGCAUCCUGUAAAGACAGAGCGUGUUUCUCAACAGGGGGUGUGCAUCAGAACUACCUGGGGCCCUUUUCACAAAUACAGAUGCCUGGAGAUUCUGAAUCAGUAAGUCUGGAGCGGGGCCCAGCAUAUAGAUUUAAAAGUUCCAUAGGUGAUUAUAAUGUUUACUCUUUGUUAAGAACCAUUGCAAUAGAGAGAAAUUUGCUUUAUUGAAGGGUUCCUGUAGCACAUUUUCAUAAAUGUAUAUUUUUCCUGGCUGUCUAAGCAAGUGUAAUUACUGUACAGUUGAGCUGUUACCAACAUGGUAAAGAGUUUUUGCUGAUAGCCAGCAGCUUUAAUUUUAAACUCGUGUUGAUGGUGAGGACCGUGCCGGAAGUCGUGCUGUCACCAUACUGAUGAGGAUUCUUCCUGUUUUGAUGACCAAGCCCCAAACAGAAUGUUUAUUUAUUACUGUCACUUCAAAAUAACAUGUAUAAAGGAGCAUUCACUGAUAAAAACAAUAGCUAACAACACUGUUUUCAGCUGUUAGAUGUUGUACCCAUCCCUUCCCCCCACUUUCUCUAGCCCCUUAAAAAAAAAAACAAAAAAACUUUGAAGUCACUUUAUGUUGGUUAAAAUAAAUAUUGGUAAUUUAUAAUUGAUAAAGAGUUUGCUGCUUCUCUCAUUACGGACAGACUUCCUCGCAGCUGGCUUAGGGUGUCCAGGCUGGAGAAGGUUCUGUUUGGGUCAUGACAGUGAAACAGGAGCUACAGUGGACAGGGUGUUGUGACCUCCAGAUUGAGCUCCGGAAUUGAAGCUGGCUACCACCGCUCCUCCCUCUCUUGGAAAACGAAGAACCAGUAACUAGGACUUUGCCCGCCGCCCAGAAAAGGGUGCCUGCGUUCUCCUGCCCAGGGUGGCUCCCCAGGACGAAUCAACCAGGCCCGAGAGCAGACUGCCAAAGACCAGUGGCCAGUGACGGGGCAGACAGGGUGAGCAAGCACGCCUGAGGCUGCCACCCGAUGCGGGGGAUGUCACAGCAGCCCAUCCCGAAUUGCCCUUGGACAAGGAAACCUAGUUCCCUGUUUACGGAAUGCUGGGGAAAAUGCCAAAAGUUCACAGCUGGAAAUGUAAUUCCUCUCCCUAGGAAGAGAAAUCUCCAAAAUAACUAGCUUGCUUGCGGGUGAAAGCAAGUGUUUCACACUUCUUGUCUACUCCAAGUCAGAUUGCUAAAAAUACAGUCCUUAGAACUGCACCGGGCCAUUGAAACAAUAGCCUUGGAAACACGACACAUGAAAAGCUGGCGUGCAGAAAGAGGACUGUUGC